GCUGCUAAAUUAUGGGUGGGUGGGAACUGGGUUGUUAAGGUGGGACACAGCCUUGGGGCUGAGCCGCCGAGGCAACCAGAAAACGUCGAGAUCGUCACAGGGUUGGGUACAACCUGGCGAAGGAUUCAGAGCUUAUCCGUACAUCUAAGGUACCCAGUCAGCCUUAAUUAACUUGCCUGUAUACCCCAGCGCAUUUUUCUUCCUGUCUACGCCGUAGGUUACGUUGACAUUCAGCUCCGCUCCGGUAUUCGGUUGUGCCAGAGUGCCAUUUCGCUCCUCCCCUGUCCCUCCAAUGUCCCUAACACGACCUCGAUAUCCCUUCCUUUUGCCUUGGUGAUGAUGGUAAUGACGGGGAUGAAGACGAAGCCGCUGUCUAUUACCUCCGCCCCCCGCCGCCGGACGACGAUCUUAGCCAUCGCCAGCCUGCUGACAGCUGGUUUUGCGAACGCGAGAUGCGGUGCCGAAUUCCUCACCCCCGAACCAGGAUCGAUAUUUCACUACGGCGACUCGAUUAAUGUUAGCUACACAUCCAAUUUCUCGACCCCGACAUUGUAUUGCCUUUGUGGGCGCCCACCAACGCCGGUUCAGAAAUUUGAGGUUGACCCGACUCCGUUCAACGGUUCCGAGCUCGUACUGCUAGAAUUUACAUCCCCCGAUCCCUGCUGGUUCGACCUCCGCCCUGACACCACAGCGUGCGGCGACGACAGCCCGCGAUUUACGGUUCUUCCCGUACGACGACCGCGUGAUGACACGACCGUGGCCCUAGGCAGAACGCUGUCAUUAAGGGCCGACCCGGCUCCCUCCCCGACUCUGACGACGUCUCCGUCAGCAAGACCCAGUACAGCCGCACCCACAUCUACUACGACCGGUGGAGAGGAGGGCGGGCCCGAGAAGAGAGGAGGGUUGAGUGCGGGAGCCAAGGCCGGGAUCGGUGUCGCUAUUGCGGGAGCAAUCUUCGCAGCCAUCGGGAUGUUUUCCUGCUUUUACCUUCGGCGGCGCAGUCGGUCAAAGGACGCCGCACCCGGCGCCCGUGGCAGGGGCAGGGGGAAGGGGCGAGAUAAGUUGCGGGCAAAGUUGCUGGGGAGGCCAGGCCCAUCGGAUGGGGUCCAACCGGUUUUUGACGGAUUUCCCGGCUCGACGGGGUAUGACGACUUUCAUUCCCUGCAGUCGAGCGCACAGCGCGACUCGCCGACGUGGUCGCAUUCGUCUACCCGAUCAAACAUCAUGCCAUAUUAUCAGUCGCACAAAGAGGAACUCGCCGCGGCCCGGAUGAACACCCCGGCAGCGGCCUCCACCAUCACCUCGUACAGCCCCAACCCAUCAACGCGUGUCUCGACGUCUAGACUCAGCCCGAGGCCGAGCGAACCCGGAGGAUCGAUCUCGAUCGACAGCCGCGAAGGAUCCGUGCCAUCCCCAGACAUGCCCUUGGAUGCGCGUCCGAAACCACCAGCAAAACAUCCUUUCAUAACAUCAUACGGACCCAACCCAGUCACGCCGACGCCGGUCCUGGGCCGGUCGACAACCACCCCAGACGACGCCUUCCUGACGCAGGUUCCCGACCUACCCGUCCUCCCCAUGCAGCACGCGGCCGAGCGACAGCACCAGCCCGCGCCCCCGCCCCAGGAGCGCAAGUUCUCGUGGGAGGCGCACAACAGCUACCCCGCCGCCGAGGCAGGGGGCGCCACCCCGCCGCCGCUCCCGCCCUACUACGCCGCCGCCGCCGACUUCUACGCCGCCCAGGGGGGCGGCGGGGGCGCGAUCAGGACGCUGGCGGAGCCGCCCGCGCGUGCCGAGCUGCCGCCCACCAAGGACGGGUACUACCACUUUGGCGACGCGGCCGACGAGUACGAGCUGCCCGGCAACGGCGGCGGCGGCGGAGGCGGGGUGUCGUCGUCGUCGUUGUUGCCGCUCGGGCAGCACGGCCACGCGCCCCAGAUGCCGCACCGCCUGUACAGGGACCGCGACGGCGGCGGUGGUGGUGGUGGUCCUGGCGGGAGGGGCCGCGAGCUCGAGGAGCAGAAGUUUUUGCUUUCCGACGUGGAGAUCGCGAAGAUGCGCGUGCAGAAGGCGGGGCGGGCGCCGGGUGGGGUGGGGCCGGUGGGCGGGGCGGCGGCGGCAGCGGCGGGCGAGUCGUAUGAGAUGAGUGGCGGGCCGUGGUCGGGGGAUGCGGAGCGGCGGUAGCGGGGGUGGGCAUUACUUGCGAAAGAGCAGGGUUUGGAGAAUUACAAACCCGGGUCGAUCAUAUCGGCAGCAAUGUCGAAAAGUGACGGAAGCAUUUAUUAAUAUACCAUUGGGCGAGGUGUUAGGCGCAAUAUGGGAGCUGGGGGCAAGACAUCCUCCGGCAUUGAGGAGGUGGCUUGGUCAAUGCUAUUAUUUGAAGGGAAGGUCGGGGCAGGAGCUUGACAAGGCGACUAGAGAUGGGAUUUUGCACACCAUACAUAUAUUUAGUGCCCCCUUAUCAGAAGACUCAGCAACAAUGGUUGUCUGCCCCGUCUAUCGUUCUCGAAAUCUCGAGUUGCGAAGGGGAGGCUUCCAUACAAUUUUGCUGUAUAUAGUGCCAAACAGGUCCAAUAGAGUCAUCGAUUUCCCUUCUCUAUCG